AUGCUGCAACGAUACAAACAGACCAUCACCAGCGACAUUAUCCGUCUCAUGGUCCUGGAGACAGACAAGCCGCACCCAGACACCCAGUCGGAGAAGGGCUCCUUUGGUGAAAUUGUACACAGACACUUCUCCGAUGCUGGGAAAGCACACCACCCACCCCUCGGCGUGGAGACGGACCAGGUCUUUGUCGUGACGGACCAAGGCGGCCAGAUGCCCAAGUUCCGAGACUUUGACGGCUUCGACGGUCUUCUCAUCACGGGCAGCAUGUACGACGCCCACGACAACAACCAGUGGAUCCUGGACCUCCUGGCGCUGCUCAAAGAGCUGUGGACAAAGAAACCCGACUUUACCUUCACGGGCGUGUGCUUCGGCCACCAGCUGCUGGCGCGCAUGCUGGGGGCGGAAGUUGGCCCGUCACCCAAGGGAGACUGGGAGCUGGGUCACUCGAGCAUCACCCUCACGCCCACCGGCCAGCGCCUGUUCCGCACGCAUGCGCCCGAGGUGCACCUGCACCAGAUGCACCAGGAUCAAGUGGUCGCGCCGCCGACGCCCGAGUCGGCCGGCGGUCUGCUGGACAAGGACGCCAAAGUCGAAUGCUGGGGCACAUCCUCGCACACAGAGGUGCAAGGGCUGUACAUCCGAAACAGGCUCUUCACCACGCAAGCACACGUCGCCUUUGACGAGGACAUGGUGAAACGACAGAUUGCCAUGCGCGAGGAAAGCGGUGGAAUUCAGGACAGCGAACACGCCAACCGGGCCAAGGAGACGGCACACCUGGAGCACGACGGCAAAGAGGUGGCCAAGGCCAUCCUUCGCGUCAUUAGGACAGACAAGGACGGCGGCUGGGAGACGGUCACCAACGGCCACGGCAACUGA